GUGCAGAUUACAAACAUGGACAAGCAGCAGAAGAAAGGCUCUUUGCUUGAAAUCGAUGAUAAUAUCAUAAGGAAACAACUACUUUUAGAGGGAGAUGUACCCAAAGAACUGGAGUCCCUCUUCCCCGCCUCCGCAUCCCAGAGGACAGAGACGAUCAAACCAAAGCCAGGAAUUUGCGUCAAGACACGAAAUGAGGAGAAGAAAAAGAUUUUCAUCAACGUGUGCACCUCCGAGGCUAUUCCCGCCCCGGAAGACAUCACCGACCAAGAGCUGAUCGCUAUUUUGGAAUCCGACAAGCCGUCAGAUUUUCGCGUCCCGAUGUCCAUUGGCCAGCUGCACGAGGAGAAGGAUAAGUCUGGCGAAGUGUGCUUGGCUUACGACGUGGUUAUAAACCCGGAAUUUUUCACUAAGAUGACAGACAACCCUCUCUUCCACAAUUUCUUCAUGAUUGCAACUAUGGAAGGAAUCGAGGAGAAGUACACCAUGGCCUUGGACAAAAAUGGUUGGACAGUACUGAAAAACAAGAAAUAUCAUGGAACAGUGCCAGAACAGACGGUGAGGACCUCCGUGCCAUUGGUUCAAGAAUUAAGUGGAGUCCGUCACUGGAAACCAGAGGACGUGAAGCCAGCCACAAGUUCCUCCUCACCAAAGAUAGUGCCAGAGAAACCUCUGAUAACAGAGCUGUCAUCCAAAGCCAUAGAAGAUAGCUCCAAAGAGAAGAAGAAAAGCGUGCCAAAAUAUACACUGAGGAAGACAGGAGAUGAGCAGAAAAGAAACUUCGAGGCAGAGGUUUCCUUACCGAAAAUGAUAAGUGGAAAGGGAUUGCAGCUGGAUGUGGGAGAAGAUCGCCUGGUGGUAGAGACUUCUGAGAAUCUGCUUGACAUUUUCCUCCCAUUUUCUUUGGAUUCUGAUGGUGCCAGAGCAUACUUCAUUACAUCAAAGAGGAUGCUUCUUGUGAGAGUCCCAAUUCUCCAUGCAUAGCCUUGUAUUCUUCACAUCAUCUGCUCAUUUUACAACUGUAGUUUCUCCAUAAUGUGUACAAUUAUUGAAAAUAAAAUAAAAAGAAUAAACACAAAAGUGACAA